CCGUCCUUCCCCACUAUCACCGCAGUCCAUAAUUCUCUACUUUUCCAAAUUGACCCAUCUUGCCUCUAAUUGGACAAAUUGAAAAAUAAGGCGGAUCCCUUUCGCUUGCUACGGAUACUGACGAGUCUCGAACUUUAAAGCUCUUCCGCCAGUUUACUUUGAACUCUUGGAGCUGGAUGUCAUAAACACUGGACUCGGACUAAGGAUUUUGGAAAUCUGUCGAGCUGAUCCUCUUUACGGAACUCGUUCCGGACUGCAAGCUUCCAUCCGCGAUUCCUCUUGUACUAAUCAAAGAAUUGAUGACUCAAAACAAGCAGAUGCACCCCGCCGCAGACCAUCCACGUUGAUUACUUGCUGCCAAAUUGUGUCAAAAUGAAGUGCAGUUUGGUGUUCCUAGCCAUCCUGGCUCUCGGAACUGCGGUUCCCUACCCGCCAAAACGGCAAACUGCUGACCAAACACUCUUGCGAAAACAUCUGCAAAUCAUUCAACUUUUGGAAAACAUCGCUGGAGAAAUCCCGAAUACUCAGCUCUUGAGCAUCGGUCAAACCUAUGACAUUGAAUCCCACAUUCGCGACUACGAUAACCCCAGUCUGGUGAAACUUGCCGCCGCGGCUGUCAAGACCGGAAAUGUCCAGCCCAAACGUACUGCAUUUUCUCUCACAGUGAGCGGACUUCGCCAGGAAGUUAUUAUCCUUACCCGAAUCUUGCUUGGUGCAAAGGACUGGGAUACUUUUCUCAACACUGCUGCCUGGGCUCGCGUUCACUUGAACGAAUAUCAAUUCGUCGUGGCUCUGAUAUCUGCCGUCCUUCAACGUACGGACACCCAAGGCAUCAUUCUCCCACCUCUUUAUGAAAUCAUACCCCAAAGCUUCUUCGAUGCUAGAGUAAUUCAACAAGUAAGGGAUAUGAAGCAAACAGGAAUCAGAAAUCUGAAUGGUAAUAAGGACAUCAUAAUCCCAAUCAACUUCACCUCUCACUCGGCAGCUGGUGAACACAAAAUCGCCUAUUUCACUGAGGAUAUUGGUCUCAACUCCUGGUACACGUGGAUGGAAGAAGCUGGAUCAAUGAUUUUUGAACUUGACACACUAAAACGUCCAGGAUUAGGAAGUCCAGGUUACGUAUCUGGAACUGAAAGAACAAUCGGCCAUGGAGCUCAAUGGAUCUACCUUCAGCAACAGUUUCUGGCUCGCUAUAACCUCGAACGUCUUGGAAACGGUCUUGGACCCAUCCCAGAAUUAAACUUGAAACUAGUCGACAUUCCUUUGAGAACUCACAUGAGCUACCUGAAUGGUCUGGAAAUGCCUGGUCGCCCUGAAGGACCCACUGAUGUUACUGGCAUGCGUCAAGAAUUGACGAAAUUGGUUAAUAAAUUAGAGAAGAGAAUUAUUGACGCUAUCGAAGCUGGAUACAUUAUUACACCCAAAGCUUCCUUGUUGUCCUUGUUCCAGCCCCAAGGUUUGAACAUGCUUGGUAACUUGAUCGAGGGAUCCGGGAAAAGUAUCAACCCCAGAUACUAUGGUAGCCUCCUCCGAGCAUUUAAAGUACUUCUAGGCGGAACUCCUGAAUACAGCAAUAUCUGGGAAUACACUCCAUCUGCUUUGGAACUUAGCAGCGUUGCUGCUCGUGACCCAGCGCUGUACGUUCUUUUGAAACGGAUCAACAAACUUUUCUUGAAGUACCAGGAAUCUCUUCCGGCCUACCAAUACAACGACAUCGUUCUCCCAGGUGUUCGAAUCCAGAAAGUUGAUUGCACCCAACUGAUAACCUAUUUCCAGGACUACACUGUGAACCUUGACAACGCUGGAACUGCCAGUGUUAACGAGAAAAUGCAAUAUCAACAACAGCAGCAUCAACAGCAGCAAGGAAAAAUUAACAUCAAGGGUCUUCUAAAGAGACUAGCCCACAAACCCUACGAUAUUGAGAUCAUCGUCCAGAGUCAGAAGUCCAUUCCUAACGCUGUUGUUCGUGUAUACCUUGGACCCAAAUUAGACCAUAAAGGACUCCCAAUUGACCUUAACACCAAAAGAAUGGACUUUGUUGAGUUGGACCAAUGGGUCGUUGACCUCGUUGCUGGGCAGAAUGUCAUCACCAGAAACUCUCGGUUUCAAUCCAUCCAGAGCAUGGACCAUCCAUCUGUCGACCAAAUCCUAACUAAGGUUGAAAGAGCAAUCCAGACACAGAAUUCGCUCCUUGUCACACAGCCACAAGAGCUCUUCAGCUUUCCAGCCAGGCUAUCCCUCCCCAAGGGUACGUACAGUGGAUUCCCUCUGCAGCUCUUAGUUGUCAUCUCUGCUGGACAACAGCCUGUUCACUACGGACCAGUCAUUCCAGAAGAAGUCAACUCGUUCCAGAGCAACCAAUAUCAAGCUGUGGCCGUUGGUCAAUACGCACAGAUGACCGAACAGUCAGCAAAGGGCGAAGGAUUUGUCAGCAUUGAUGUUGUUCCUGAAUUAGACGAAAUGAGCGCUGCAAUUAACGAAGGUAAAUGGAAAUGGGAUGACCUAUACAACAAAUACCAGGGUUACCACUCGCAACCUCAGUGGCUUUAUCUUCAGCAAACGAGCAAUGUUGGUCAAGGUGUUGAACAAGGCUUAGGAGUUGGUGGAGACUUCGGGCACGGACUUAGUGGGCAAGGAAUGGUUGGUGGACGCGGAAUUGGUGAAAAAGAAAUUCCUGAAGGAUUCCGCGGAUCAGGAUUAGGUGGUUUAAGCGGAGUAGUUGAUCAACAAUGGAAUGGUGGAGUACGUGAAGGAGGUAUAUCGGUUGGUUUGAACGGAGACUUUGAUCCAAUUCUUCCAGUUGAAAUACAUCUAAUACCAGGAGGUCAAGGAGGUGUUAGCAGCGCAGGUUCUGGUGGAUUCGGAGGAAUUGGGGGUGAAGGUGUUUCCUCCGCGGACUGGAAGAGUGCCAACAUCGUCCAACAAUAUUACAACAAACUCCCCAUUUCCCAAGUAAUUGGAGGUGCCAUCUCUCUCGAUGGAAAGCCCUUAGGAUGGCCUUUAGAUAGACCUUUGGGUCCUAGUGCUUGGAGUGUACCAAACAUGGCUUGCCAAGACGUUCUCAUCUUCCACCAGGAUGUUCCAGUGACACACGUUGUUGGAGUAAAAUAAACAUUCAGGAAGAUUUUGAUGUAGAUUGGCUUGUAAUUUUACAUAUUGUAAAUGUCAGCUUGUAAUUAUUAGCUUAAUAGGUGUAUAUUAGAUUGACUGAUAAAUUUUUUAUUGCAAUAAAUGUUCUACG